GAUUUUGUAACUCAGUUUACCUGCAGUGCUUGUGACAGUGAACGUUUAUUCUGGCUGAUGUGAGAAAGGCAGAGUACUGAUAUGUCAGCCUGCUGAGCCUUGCCCAGUACCUAAAGCCAUGCAGGAAGGAGUUUCUGGUGUGUUAAUCCAAAUGAAUGCUGGAAAAGCUGCUGCACUGAGUCUUUGCACAAAAAGAAAAGUCUUUGCAGUCUUUUUUGCACUGCACAAAAGUCUGUCCAAGGCAGGAACGGCAUCUUGCACUUUCCACACCUUUUGUCCUUGUGCCUUGGACCUAUUCCCAAACAGGUAAAGAUGUGGGAGCUGCUCUUGAAGCUGCCUGCAGCUGUGGUGUUGAUGGUUUGCCAUGAAGGGAUUUACAAAUGGAUUUGGAAUUGCCUCCCACCUGGAUACCAGGGACCAGGGAGUACUGCUGGUGGUGGUGAAUAAAUCAGGAGCCCUGGACAGGGAAGUUCUGUGCUAAUUCUUGCUGCAUAAGAGCCACAAGCCACAACACAGCUCACACAAUUAAAGACAAUGAUAUUUUUGCUCCUGGCAGUGUCUUGGUCAGCCCAUGCGCUCCUCACUCAUUUCCCCAUCCUGCCAGUUCCCUGCUGUGCUUUAUAGUUGGGAUGUACACCCCCAGUAGGUACACUGGGGAAGGCAAGGCCUGUGCUUGAGGGGAGAUAAACCAAAAAGAAUUCUUGAUUGUGACUGAUAGGGAAGAGAGUGGACUGAAAGGCUCAGUUCUCUUGGAGCUCGGUGCUGCUUUGUCUCCUGGUGUCUCUCAAAUUGAGGCACUCAUCACGGCACUUCCAGUAUGUUCCAGUCCAGACCUCUGUGUUAGCCCAUGUCACUGUGUUGCUGAAUGCCCACGUGUGGGGCGGGUGGUAGCACCAGACUGGGGUGGGAUGGGCUCCCAAAGGCCCUGCAAGGAGGAGGAGGCAGUGCUGGGUGUCAGCCAGCUCUCCAUCCCAGGGAAUUCUGGAAGGUGCUGGGCGCUGCUGCAGCUGCUGGCCUGGGGCCACUUGUUCCCAAGGCUCAGCUGUCUCAUGCUUCCCUAAAUAGAAAGGGAGAAGGGUCUGAGCACUGUGAUAGGGGUCAGCCAUCCCAGCCGUGGGCUUCUUUGGCAUGAACUCCCCCUUCCUGCUGCCCGCACCCUUUGCAGCUCUGCAGGCAGCGGGGAGCUGGGAUUUGCCCUGGCAGGUGGGAGAGGAUUCCCUCUUGCUGCAGAGGGGGGCUGCCUGCCUGCAGCCAGGUGCCCCCCUAAGCUGGCCCCGGCUCCCAGCCCUCCCCAGGCGUAUAAAGCACGAGGGGACAGGGAGGAGACAGGCUGUGGUGACAGGUGACACUGACAGGCAGCAGGAGCUGCCAGGUCCUGCCCAAACUUGGAGUGGGAAAUGAGCUCUUUCCUGAGCUGCACGGACUCUCCGUAGUGCUGGGAGAUUUGUUUAAUUCCUUUCUUUGUUGUUCUUUUUUUUCUUUUUGUUUCCUAAGGAUCUACACUAGUGGGAAAAGCUUCUGAGAAGCCACAGCCUUGAAGAGCAAUUUAGGUCUUCAUUUUCAAAACUCUUCAGCCUGCUCUCCAGAUGGAGAAUCCCAUCCAGCUGAAAGAGGAAGGCAAUAAGUAUUUUCAGGCCAGUGACUACGAGAAAGCCCUCCAAAGCUACACUCAAGCCAUAAAGCUCAACAAGGACAAGGCGCUGCAGGCGGUGCUGUACAGGAACAGGGCAGCCUGUUUCCUCAAAAAGGAGGAAUAUGCCAAGGCAGCCUCAGAUGCAUCUAGAGCUAUUGACAUCAAUGCUUCGGAUAUCAAAGCCUUGUACCGGCGCAGCCAAGCUCUGGAAAAACUGGGGAAGUUAGACCAAGCAUUCAAAGAUGCUCAGAAAUGCGCCACCCUCGAACCCCGCAACAAAAACUUCCAGGAGACCCUGAGGAGACUGGGGGCCAACAUCCAGGAGAAGCUGCGCAUUCAGUUCUCCACAGACUCGAGGGUGCAGAAGAUGUUUGAGAUCCUGCUGGAUGAGAACAGCGACAAAGAGAAGCGAGAAAAGGCUGCAAACAACCUCAUAGUCCUGGGCCGGGAGGAAGCAGGUGCCGAGAGGAUUUUCCAGAAUAAUGGGGUCAACUUGCUGCUGCAGCUGAUAGAAACCAAAAAUCCUGAGCUGAUCUUGGCAGCCGUGAGGACCCUUUCAGGAAUGUGCACAGGACAUAAGGCUCGGGCCACUGCCAUUCUCCAUUACCUGGGCAUCGACAGCAUUUGCAUGUGGAUGUCGGUGGACAAUGAAGAAAUCUCCCUGGCUGUCUGCAACCUCCUGCAGAGCAUCACCGACUGCCUGCUGGGCCAGGGGAAGGAGGAGCACCACGGCAAGGAGGAGGCUCUAGUGCUAGACACUAAGAAGGAUUUGAGGAUGAUCACGAUGCGUUUGCUGGAUAUGCUGGUCAGUAAGAAAGUGUCUGGGCAAGGGCGAGACCGGGCCCUCAACCUCCUCAACAAGAACAUACCAAGGAAGGACCUGAAAGACCAUGACAACAGCAGGAGCAUCUUUGUCAUCGACAAUGGCUUAAAAAAGAUACUGAAAGUGGUGGGCCAGAUUCCUGAGAUGCCUGACUGCCUGCCACUGACAGAGAACACCCAGCUGACUGCCUCUGUCCUCCUAAAUAAGCUGUACGACGACCUGCGCUGCGACCCGGAGCGGGACAACUACCGCCUGAUCUGCGAGGAGUACAUCAAGAGCAAAAUCGACCCACAAGACAUGGAUAAGACACUCCACGCUGUCCAGAUUGUGUCUGGUGUUCUGCAAGGGCCCUUUGACCUGGGCAACAAGCUGCUUGGCAUGAAGGGGGUGAUGGAGAUGAUGGUUGCCCUGUGUGGCUCUGAGAGGGAGAUUGACCAGCUGGUGGCUGUGGAAGCCCUCAUCCACGCUUCCACCAAGCUGAGCCGAGCCACCUUCAUCAUCACCAACGGGGUGACACUCCUGAAGGAGAUCUACAAGAAGACCAAGAAUGAGAAGAUCAAAAUCCGAGCUCUGGUGGGUCUCUGCAAGCUGGGCUCAGCAGGAGGCACGGACUAUGGCCUGAGGCAGUUUGCUGAGGGCUCCACUGAGAAGUUAGCCAAGCAGUGCCGAAAGUGGUUGUGCAACACCAGCAUUGAUGCCCGCACUAGGAAAUGGGCUGUGGAAGGGCUCUCGUACCUCACCCUCGAUGCAGAUGUGAAAGAUGACUUUGUUGAAGAUGAGCCAGCCCUGAAAGCUAUGUUUGAUUUAGCCAAGGCAAGCGACAAGACAAUCUUGUAUUCCGUGGCUUCUGCGCUGGUGAAUUGUACCAACAGCUAUGAUACCAAGGAGCUGGUCCCAGAGCUGGUGCAGCUGGCAAAGUUCUCCAAGCAGCACGUGCCUGAGGAACAUCCAAAGGACAAGAAGGAUUUUGUGGUGAAGCGGGUGAAGCGGCUGCUGAAGGCUGGGGUUGUCUCUGCCUUGGCCUGCAUGGUGAAGGCUGACAGUGCCAUUUUGACAGACCAGACCAAGGAGCUCAUUGCCAGGGUGUUUCUUGCCUUGUGUGAAGACCCCAAGGACCGUGGGACCAUUGUCGCUCAAGGUGGCGGGAAGGCCCUGAUACCUCUGGCUGUGGAAGGCACAGACGUUGGCAAGAUAAAGGCUUCUCAUGCUCUGGCAAAAAUCGCUGCUAUCUCCAAUCCAGACAUUGCAUUCCCAGGGGAGAGGGUGUACGAGGUGGUGAGGCCCCUUGUCAGUCUGCUGAACACAGAGAGAGAUGGCCUCCAGAACUAUGAGGCUCUGUUAGGUCUCACAAACUUUUCAGGAAGAAGUGAUAAACUUAGGUUGAAGAUAGUCAAAGAAAAGGCCCUGCCAGAUAUCGAAAACUACAUGUUUGAGAACCAUGACCAGCUUCGACAGGCAGCCACAGAGUGCAUGUGUAACCUGGUGGUCAACAAAGAGGUUCAGGAGCGGUUUGUGGCUGACGGCAAUGACCGGCUGAAGUUGGUGGUGUUGCUGUGUGGUGAGGAUGAUGAGAAGGUGCAGGUUGCAGCAGCAGGAGCCCUGGCCAUGCUUACGGCAGCGCAAAAGAAACUCUGCUCGAAGAUGACUCAAGUGACCACCCAGUGGCUUGAAAUCCUGCAGAGGCUCUGCUUGCAUGACAACAUGGAGGUCCAGCACCGAGGACUGGUCAUUGCUUUCAACUUGAUCAGCGCUGACAAAGAGCUGGCGAAGAAGCUGGUGGAGUCAGAGCUCCUGGAGAUCCUGACGUACGUCGGGAAGCAGGAGGAUCACCCCAAGAAGCAGCACAUCAUUAGUGUGGCACGUGACUGCCUCAGCAAGUGCAUGGAUUAUGAGCUGAUCAAACCUCUCUCUCAGGCAUGAGGGAACAAAAAGCACCAAAAGAGGCUGAGUGUGGGGGGAAACGAUGGAGAAAUGUGGAAGAGUGAGAGCCGUGAGGAGAAUCUAGUGCCAUUGUCAAGGCACUGAAUAGUUUGGGGACAGCUUUGGAGGAUCAUAAGCUGUACGAGGAAAAGGAGGGAAUUUGCCUGGGAAAUUUGGGAAGUGUCCAUCUGAGUAAUUCCCAGAUGGUGUAAAUCCUUCCUCUGCCCCCAUUCAGCCGAUAAUGAAGAAAGUUUCAAGGCCCAGCUGUAAAAGAGUUGGUUGUGUUGGAGAUGUGUCAGGAGGCUGUUGGAAGGAAACCCAACAAAGCUGAAAUCGGUUCUGCAUCCACCUCCAGCUCCUGGUCCUUCUGGAAUUCCCAAUGGUGGAACAGGGAGGGUUAAGUGCCUUCUAUUCUGUAGUCUGAAAAUAGGAUUUUAGCUGUGUGGUUUUUUGUUCAUUUAUUGGAAGUUGUGUGCCAAAGCAUGAGGAUGGUGGGUGAACUCUUAAUAA